AAGUAUUGUUAGAGGGGACGAUGCGGGAGGAGGAUGGUCGCGAAGGGAGGAGAGAUCAAAGUUCAGGGUGAUGCGAGCAAAGGAACAUGGCGGAUAAAUCGGGAAAGGAGACGAAAAACGAAGAGAAAAUGGAAAGUUUAGAAAGUAUUCUGGAAAAAUAUUUACCGGAAGAUGAAUUGCAAGAAGUUAACAGAUUAUUAUAUGGAGGAAAAUUGAAAUCAUUAGACAUUCCGUCGCAAGCAAGAAAAAUUUCAGAAGAGAAAGAUUUCGACAUCAAGGGAUACGUAUUUACGGCAGAACCGGAAGAACUGAGGGCAAAACGUAUUGUUCGUGUCGGCGUCGUCCAAAAUUCGAUCGUCCUUCCCACUACGGCCCUGAUUUCGGAACAGCGAUCGGCCAUUUUUAAUAGAAUAGAAGAUAUUGUAGAAGCCGCCGCACUCUGUGGAGUAAACGUGAUUUGUUUCCAGGAAGCAUGGACUAUGCCGUUUGCAUUUUGUACCAGAGAGAAAUACCCGUGGUGCGAAUUUGCAGAAUCCGCCGAGGACGGCCCCUCGACGCAGUUGUGCCAACAGAUGGCAAAGAAGUAUAAUAUGGUAAUAAUUUCACCAAUACUAGAGAGAGACGAGGUUCAUGGCAAUACCUUGUGGAAUACGGCAAUUGUCAUAUCCAACAGUGGAAAUGUUUUGGGAAAAACCAGAAAAAACCACAUUCCUCGAAUUGGCGAUUUCAACGAGUCUACGUAUUACAUGGAGGGAAACUUGGGACAUCCUGUGUUUCAGACACAAUGGGGCAAAAUUGCAAUUAACAUAUGUUACGGUCGUCACCAUCCGCAGAACUGGAUGAUGUAUGGUAUCAACGGCGCAGAAAUCGUUUUCAAUCCUUCCGCCACGGUAGGAAAUUUAAGCGAGCCAUUGUGGCCCAUAGAAGCAAGAAAUGCGGCCGUAGCCAACAGUUAUUUUACGUGCGCCAUCAACAGAGUCGGAACGGAAAUUUUUCCUAGAGAAUUUACGUCGGCAGAUGGAAAGCCCGCUCAUAAAGAUUUUGGAUAUUUUUAUGGAUCCAGCUACAUUACGGCUCCCGAUGGCACGAGAACACCCGGUCUGUCUAGAUUGAAGGAUGGUCUACUGAUUGCUGAAAUGGACUUGAAUCUAUGCCAACAGAUAAAAGAUAAAUGGGGUUUCAGAAUGACUCAACGUCUGGAAUUGUACAGCGACUCACUCUAUGAGGUCGUCCAACCGGAUUACGAACCCUACGUUAUCAGAGAGUGAAUCGUUGGGAGUACAAAGAAACAGAAGUGCCUAAACUGAAAGGACAGUUUCA